AUGUUUAAGGUUGAGAUCACCCAGCGCCCUACUGGGGCCGAGGCUGGCGAAUACCUGACCCCGGCCAUUAUAGUCGAGCAUCUUGCCCCGAAUUCGGGUAACCUCCACUUCGCACAGGCGGCGCUUUUCAACACUAGUGGAGGUGAAGCAAAAGGCAUUGCGGGGAUAUAUACUGAGUCGUGUGUUGACAAGGUUGUUGGCGAGGGAGAACCUGCUACCCUGGAAUACACCUUUGCCAAUCUAAAGAUCUCAAUCCCCGGCGUUUAUUACAUUCACAUAGAUGUAUACGAGCACCAGGGAAGUGGUGCAAUUCACCAGGGAGGUACCAAGCUGGGCCCAAUUAUAGUGGUGCCUGAAGUGCCUAAGAUGCCUAGAUCCUCCACUGCUUCUGUCGGAGGUACUCAGCUGGAAGCCCGACGCUGGAACUGCUUGGGAGGUGCUGUUUAG